AUGUACAUCACAUCAGAGGCCAAAGGCCUUCCCAUUCCUACCAAAGACCUAUUAUCAUGGAUCUUCGACGACCCGAAAUAUGAUCUCGACAAGCCUAUAUAUAUUGAUGCUGCUAACCCAUCUCGAUCGAUCUCCCAUCGCCAAGCAAGGACGAUAGUUCGCCAGUUGGCCGCGGGAUUCCGUGCAGCUGGCCUGAAGCGGGGCGACACAGUCUGUCUGCAUUCUUUCAAUGAUAUUUAUUAUCCUACGGUAGUUCUAGGGAUCCUCGCGGCGGGAGGUAUCUUCUCAGGCACGAACCCUUCAUAUACGCCAACAGAGCUAGUCCACCAUAUUAAGACAUCGAGGAGCAAAUUCAUCAUCGCGGAGCCAGAGAUCCUGUCGUCAGUUCUCAGCGCCGCGGAGACAUGCGCCAUCUCAAAGUCGAACAUCUGGAUCUUCGAUGCGCACGACCAGGAACUCCCGAGUGGCUUUGGGUCCUGGAGGAAACUCCUGGGUCAUGGUGAGGCCAACUGGUAUCGUUUUGACUCCGAGUCCGAGUGCAAGAACACAGUGGCAUGUCUGCUGUUCAGCUCCGGAACGACCGGUCUCCCCAAAGCCGCCCAACUCAGUCACCACAACCUGAUCGCCCAACACACUCUCGCUUUUGAGUCUUUUCCUAGGUCGUAUGACGUUCGACGUAUAUUGGCCCUUCCCAUGUUCCAUGCUGCAGCCGUCCCUUCAAAUCACUUUACACAUCUCCGUGCAGGUGAUGUGGGCAUAGUAAUGAAACGAUUCGACCUCGAAGGAUUCCUCAAAGCCAUUGAGAAGUUCCGGAUCACGGACUGUAUCAUGGUCCCACCUAUGGUGGUUGGUUUGGUCAUGAGUCCUGUGACGAAGAAUUAUUCGUUGAAGACUAUCAAGCAGGCAUUGUCUGGCGCAGCACCUUUGGAUAAGGGCACCCAAGCGCGACUAGCCGCUUUGCUUGAGAAAGAUGUCCCAUUCACACAAGUCUGGGGUAUGACGGAACUCACUUGCAUCGCGACCAUGACUGUUUAUCCUGAAAACGAGACGACUGGAGCAGUGGGUCGGUUGCUUCCGGGCCUUGAAAUGAAGAUUGUGAACGAUGAUGGAAAGAAUAUCACCGCGUAUAACAAACAAGGGGAAUUGUGUGUUCGAGGACCCACGGUCAUCAAAGGAUACUUAGCCAAUCCUACGGCCAAUUCGGAAUCCUACGACAACGAGGGGUUCUUCAAGACUGGAGAUAUCGGAUACUGUGAUGAGAAGACGAAAUUGUGGUAUAUCGUCGAUCGGAAGAAGGAACUAAUCAAAGUCCGAGGCUUCCAAGUCGCGCCACCAGAGAUCGAAGCAGUACUACUCGGCCAUCCACACAUCGUUGACGCCGCCGUCAUCGGCGUACAGAAAUCGAUUCAUGACUCGGAACUACCAAGAGCGUAUAUUGUGCGACGACCAUCGCCCGAAGGAGCCGCACUGACGGAAGAAGUGGUCAAGAACUACGUGGCAGAGAGACUGGCCAAGUACAAGCGACUGGAGGGAGGUGUGGUGUUCCUGGACGCAAUACCAAAGAACCCGAGUGGAAAGAUUCUGAAGCGUUUACUGCGUGAAUUGGUGAAGAAGGAACAAUCGAAGCUAUGA